GAUUAUUUUGCAAUGAAAAAACAGAAAUAGAAAAAGAAUUAAAAAAGUGCUUUAAUUAAGUUUUGUCGCAGACAUUUCAGUAUGGAAUCUGAGAAACUAUUGAUGGGUGUCAUUGCUGGUGCAGCAUUAGUAGGUAUUGGAUCAUUUGUUUUCUGGCCAGAUAACAAAAAAUCAAAGCUAAGACAACGACGAGGACAAAUUUCAGGCUUGAUUAAUUUUGGGAACACUUGCUUUUUGAAUACUCUUCUUCAAGCGUUUGCAGCAAGUCCACAGUUUAUGACAUGGCUUCAAUUGCAUGAUUCGUUAGAUAAAAAAUCAUUAAUUUCAUCUCUUCAAACUAUUCUUGAUUGUGUAAAUGGAACUCAUCCAACUAUCAGAUGUGAUCCAACAAAUCCAGCUGCCGUUAUUAGAGCUUUAAAUAGUCUUGGAUGGGUCAUUCCUGAGCAGGAACACGAUCCUCAUGAGCUGUUUCAUGUCAUUUUGACUUCGUUAGAGGAAGAGGCAAUGAAACCAAAGAAAAUUGGGUGCUUGUCAGACGCAUUGGGUGAUAUUAAAGCUAUUCAGCAAUCAUUACCUGCCAGACCUAGUUCAGCAAUGUUAACAGAAUUUGACAAAGAUACAUAUAAUGAGUCAUCCAGCUUAUUAAGAUUAGUUAGAAGUGAAGCACAAACCCCUGAAUCAAAUCAAUCUACAGUCGAUGAAAAUGAAUCUUUUGAUCAUUCAAUGAUUGAUGAUGAUGAAAAAGACAAAUCGAUUCAAGACUCUCCACCAUCAAUUAUUUCAUCUACCACAGGUCGUCCUCGAAAUAGUUCAAAUGGUGAUGCAUUUAAGCGCAAUUGUGGAUCAUAUAGAUCAUUGGAUAGGCUCUCACGUGGUCCUGGACGUGUGUCAGUCUGGAAUGAAAAAGUUACUAAACAAAUUGCAAUUCCAUUUAAAGGAAGUAUAAGUUCACAAUUGAUGUGUUCAUCUUGUGGCUACAAAAGUGUUGUUCGCGUAGAUAAGUUUGAAUCUGUUACUCUUAAUUUACCUGAAACGAGAUGUCAGUCAUUAUUAAGUUUGGGACAAUUGUUAAGCGAUUAUGUCUCUCCAGAAACUCUAAACGAUGUUGAAUGUGAAUCGUGCAAUCUGAUUUCAAAUCAUAACAAGACUAUAACUUUUACAAAACUCCCACCGUGCUUAGCAAUCCAUAUUUCACGAACCAGCUGGUCUAAUGGAUAUGCAACAAAGCGCAACGAUUUUAUUCAUUUCCCUGAAAGUCUUUCAAUGGCUCCAUACUCCUUCAUACAACCUUCUUUAAGUCAGUGCUCAACUCCUUGGGGAAGUACAAUGAGUUUAUAUAGUGCAUCUCUAGCAAAUAUGACACCAACAAAUGAGAAUGUUCAAUUUGGUUCACCAUUCUCAACAUUAGGUGGAUUCCCUCGAAACCUUUAUAGACUAUUAGCUGUUGUUGUUCAUGCCGGAGAUGCUGCAAAUGGCGGACAUUUUAUCACUUAUAGACGCGGUUCACUUAGAAGUUAUCAUAAAUGGUAUCUAACAUCUGAUCAUCUUGUGAAGGAAGUGUCGAUAGAAGAAGUUUUAAGUGCACCUGCAUAUAUGCUGUUUUAUGAUCGUUCAAAUAACCGAAACUAAAGAACAAAAACCUCUUUUCUUAUUAACUUAUUAAGUAAGCAUGUCCAAAGCAUUUCUUUAAUUUAGGAUAAUUUUUUUUAUUAUUCAUUACUGAUAAAUUGGUUAAAAAAUUUCCAUUUUUGAGUAUUUGCAUUUAAAAUAAGGAGUGAGAGUCAUUUACAGAUGUAACAUUAAUUAGACAUUUUUUGUAUGAAUAUUUUGCGGCAAUGGCUCAGUUGGAUGUCAUUUGUGAAUGACUGUUGUAAAUUGGAUUAACACAAAAUGAAAGAACAGAUGAAUAUUAUAUAUUGUGCUUAGUAUUUGUGAUUUUUAAAUAGUUAUGAUGUUUUACUUUUAUCAACUCAAUUUUCCUGCUGUAAUUCACUGAAUUAAUGAGAAUGAAAGUUAUUUACUGAAGAUAAGUGAGUCCAUAAAAAAUUGUGUCCAGCACAGGUGUUGAAUACAUUUUAAUAUCAGUUCUGAAAACCCUAUUAGAGACUUACAGCAGAUAAAGAGAGGAUACUGGUGAUUUUUGGGAUGGUUUAAAGCUUUUUCUCAGUUCUUAUCAAAACGAAAACCUUGUAGUCAUAAAUAAAAAAUUUGAAAGAUAAUGAUUUCUUGAGAAAGCAUACCUUAAAAACAAUUAAUGUGUGUGCACGCAUUUUCUUAAAUGCCAAUUCGAAUGAGAAAAUUUAAAGCCAAGAUAUUAAAAAAUUUACCUUAAAAACAAAAUUUGCAGAUUUUAAACGCAAUUUUUCUUGGGAUGCUUCUGUCUAUUGUUGUGAUGACUCUUGAGAAAUUUUUAAAACAAUUUACUAAACUUAAUCGAAUUACCUGUGUAUAUUUUAUUGUAGUUUGGUGUGUAUGAUUAGGAUCUACAAACUUUUUUUGGAAGUUCAAAGGAAAUUUAUGGGAGAAAUUGAUCUUUUUAGACUAAUAUGAUGUCUAGAUCCUUUAUUUUGGGGGUAGUAAAAUUGUAAUUUCAUUAUUUGGAGAGAGGAAAGGUUAGAAGUAUUUAAGGUAGGUCAGCUUUGAGUCGGGGUUUAAAAAAUAAAACCCAAGAUUAUAAUUUAAAUCUCAGGAUUAAAAACUUAAUCCUAAGGUUUACAUUCAAUCUUCCUUCAAAGUUGAUCGACCACAAACUUUAUUAUUAUUAUUUUGUAGCAUUCCGAAAUUGAUUAGAAUAAAUCAGUAUACUGUAAAUUAGUAAAUUCAGUUUUUAGAUCAUAAUCAUUUCAGAUCAUACUAGUCAUGCAGCUCUGAGUAUGUUUUAUAAUUCAAAAUAUUUUUUUUGUCUCUAGAAUAAGAAAUACUUACCUUAAAAAAACAAUUUUAAUUUUAAGGAAUUUGAUGAAAGAAGAAAGAAAUUGAAUGUUGAUAGAUAAAUCUAUAUUUUGAGGAACGAAAUAAAUGUAG